CAGCGGACAGCAGACUUGAGAUGCGCCCGAAGAGGUCGGGCCAGUGCUUCGCGGGGAGCCGGCUCGGACCCGGGGAACCAGCGGCACUCACCUGUGCACCUUCGCCCUCAGCCAGUCCCGCUCCGGAGCCCUCUGCGCAGCCGCAGGCACGGGGCACUGGACAGAGAGCAGGAUCCCGAGCCGCCUCUGGAUCCCAGUUCCUCUCGGAAGCCCGCACUGGAGCUCGCCCGGCCUCCGAGGCUGGAGCCAAGGCAGGAGCCCGGCGCCCGUCCGCAUUCUCGGCCAUCCAAGGGGAUGUCCGGUCUAUGCCCGACAAUUCGGACGCGCCGUGGACCCGCUUCGUAUUCCAAGGGCCGUUUGGUUCCCGGGCCACUGGCCGGAGGACUGGAAAGGCAGCGGGCAUCUGGAAGACGCCAGCCGCCUACGUUGGCCGGCGACCCGGGGUGUCCGGCCCUGAGCGCGCCGCCUUUAUUCGGGAGCUGGAGGAAGCACUGUGUCCUAACCUACCUCCGCCAGUCAAAAAGAUCACCCAGGAAGACGUCAAAGUGAUGUUAUAUUUGCUGGAGGAGCUUCUCCCACCUGUCUGGGAGAGCGUUACCUAUGGGAUGGUCCUUCUGCAGAGAGAGAGGGACCUGAACACUGCAGCUCGCAUCGGCCAGUCCCUGGUGAAACAGAACAGUGUUUUGAUGGAGGAGAACAGCAAGCUGGAAGCCUUGCUGGGCUCAGCCAAGGAGGAGAUUUUACACCUCAGACACCAGGUGAACUUGAGGGAUGAGCUCCUCCAGCUCUACUCAGAUUCUGAUGAGGAGGAUGAGGAGGAAGAAGAAGAGGAAGCAGAGGAAGACCAGCAGUGUGCUCAUCCCUGUGAUGCCCCUAAGCUGAUUUCGCAGGAGGCAUUGCUGCACCAGCACCACUGCCCACAGCUGGAAGCCUUGCAGGAGAAGCUGAGGCUGCUGGAGGAGGAGAAUCAUCAGCUGAGAGAAGAGGCCUCUCAACUCGACACUCUUGAGGAUGAGGAACAGAUGCUCAUUCUGGAGUGUGUGGAGCAGUUUUCGGAGGCCAGCCAACAGAUGGCUGAGCUGUCAGAGGUGCUGGUGCUCAGGCUGGAAAACUAUGAACGGCAGCAGCAGGAGGUUGCUCGGCUGCAGGCCCGGGUGCUGAAGCUGCAGCAGCGCUGCCGGACGUAUGGGGCUGAGACUGAAAAGUUGCAGAAGCAGCUGGCUUCGGAGAAGGAAAUCCAGAUGCAGCUCCAGGAAGAGCUGCAGGACCUGCGGGAGAAGUACAUGGAUUGUGGGGGCAUGCUGAUUGAGACGCAGGAGGAGGUGAAGACCCUCCACCAGCAACCCCCGGUGUCCACUGGGUCUGCCACCCAUUACCCAUACAGCGUGCCUCUGGAGACUCUUCCUGGUUUCCAGGAGACGCUGGCUGAGGAGCGCAGAACGUCUCUAAGGAGGAGGAUCUCAGACCCUGUGUAUUUUAUGGAGAGGAAUUAUGAGAUGCCCAGAGGGGACACAUCCAGCCUAAGGUAUGAUUUUCGCUACAGUGAGGAUCGAGAGCAGGUGCAGGGGUUUGAGGCUGAGGAAGGGUUGAUGCUGGCAGCGGAUAUUAUGCGGGGGGAAGAUUUCACGCCUGCGGAGGAGUUGGUGCCCGAGGAGGAGCUGGGGGCUGCCAAGAAGGUGCCGGCUGAGGAAGGGGUGAUGGAAGAGGCAGAGCUGGUGUCAGAGGAGACCGAGGGCUGGGAGGAGGUGGAACUGGAGCUGGAUGAGGCAACGCGGAUGAACGUGGUGACAUCAGCCCUGGAGGCCAGCGGCUUGGGCCCUUCACACCUGGACAUGAAUUAUGUCCUCCAGCAGCUGGCCAACUGGCAAGAUGCCCAUUACAGGCGGCAGCUGAGGUGGAAGAUGCUCCAGAAAGGUGAGUGCCCCCACGGGGCCCUCCCUGCCGCCAGCCGGACAAGCUGCAGAUCGUCGUGCCGAUGAAAAGAGAGGGUGGAUAAGCUCCCCGAGUGCUCACCUGCCCCAGCCUGGCCCUACCUGCUGUGCUUAUUUGCGUGGACUUUGCAUAUCAUUUGCAUAGACACCUCUGAUCCCCUUCAGUGGGAACCGUAGUGUCAGUGCUCAUUUAUGUCGCAUUUGCUUAGGAUUCCAGAUCUCCAUCCACUUUUCUCCUGGGGGCUGGGCUGGGGGUCAGGGCUGGGACUGUGCCCCCACACUGCGCCUCAGCUUCCCAUCUCUGCCCGCUUGCUUCCCCUGCCCCCAACCCCUGCCUCCUCUAUCCCCCAGGCUCUCCAACUCUGCAGCAGUGGCAGCAGCAGUCAAAACAAACACAGGGGGCGGUGGGUGGGAUGGUGGAGCAGCCCGGGGGCUGACCCAGGCUGGAGGACAGGGCCAGCCACCCUCCCACGGCCUGGGAGGAAGAGAGGCCUUCUGGGACUGCCCAGGCUAUGGGGACAAAGGCCUUCACCAGCAAGGGCCACAGUUGGAACAGUCCCCUGGGUGUCAGAAGGUGGGCUAGGGCCUCCUGCAGGGUUGUGGGGUGGAACAGGGUCUCCUCUCCCCAGCCAGAAACCCCAAAGUCUGGGAGCUGCACCUGCCGAGUGCAGGCCAUGUGAGCCCUGCCUCUUUAAGGAGCCGCAGGACAUGAAAGAUGACCUCGUGACACUCAUGCACAGCAGCCAUUGCACGUGCGUCAGCUCCCAUCAGCCUCACUCCGUGGCAGGUGAUGUGUCCCCAUUGGUUAGGUGAGGAGGGUGAGGCUCAGAGAGCUAAGGACACUUGUUCGGGGCCACACAGCCAGGGGUAGAUCUGAGCUCGUCCUCUCUACUCCUGUGCUGUAGCACCUUCACUGGCCCAUCCCUCCCCUCUAGUGCUGUCCUGGUACCCGUCCCAGCCUGUCCCCAUUCUCAUGGCCCUUUGGUCACUGCCAGGUGGAAUAGCACUGGCUUCAGCAGGCGUGUCAUGUAAGCUUGUGCAGGUUAUAAACUGAACCAUGACCUUUAUGGCGCAUGCAGGGGUCAACCUGCAUAAUUAUCAAUGGCGACUUUCCGUGUCCUUCUGAUACAGUUGAUCAGACCCCUGCCCACCGCCCAGGCCAGGCCUGUGGUCAUCAAUGCCCCAGUUCACAUCCACCUGCUUCUCUUCCAGGCUUUGCUGUUCCCCAGCAGCCUGCAGAGGCCCCAGAGACAGCUUGAGGCCCCUCCUUCUGCUGCCUGGCCAAGCCCCACACCCGCAGACCCUCCUUCCCAUCCUCUGAAAUGGGACCCUGUGUCUGUCACCAGCCCACCCUCUGUGUUCAUGAACCUGGGCUGGAGCUUGGGGACCCCUCCCUGCCCCUGGCUUCCUCUUCCAUGUUCUGCCCUUUCCCACAUGUUGGAGGCUUCUCCAACAUCUUCAGGGACAGGCGGUAGGAACCCCGGCCCUCGCUCUGCAGCUCGUGCAAAAGCUGUGGCUGCCAGGCCUGGGCCACAUGGCAGCCCAGGGGGCAGGAGAAGCCCGGGAGAGGCCCACUGGCUACCAGACUCAGCCCUGAGCGGGGAACAGGGCCCAGCUUCCACCGGCAGGGAGUUGUGAGCGCCCUCCCAACAAUGUGCCCCUCACCCCUUGAUGCCCAUGCUAAUGGUGGCCACCCUGGUUCUUGUUGACUUGAGGGACCUGGCUGUCUUCCCUGUUCUUCAUCCUUUCUUCUCAGUCCCUACUUACUGUUUGUAACCACAAGUGUCUCUGUGUGUGGGUGGGUGAGGGCCCCUCUGCCCAGUGGUGUGUCUCCUCUCCCUCCCUCCCUCUUCUGCCAGUGGCCUGGGGGUGUCCAGGCUCCCACCCAUGGCCCAGCCCCUCUCCCCUCUGUCUUGAUCCCCCCGCUCCCUGCCCCUGGCUUCCUCUUCCAUGUUCUGCCCUUUCCCACGCCUUUGUUCCUCAAUAGCUGGGGGCUGGGACUGAGGCCUCCUGCAGGUACCUGCCCCCCUUCACACAGCACCUCUCAAUCUCCUAUUGCUUGUCAGCCUGUGUGCGUGUGGUGCAGGAAAUAAAGGAUCUAUGC